CUGGAAGGCCAGACCAUCCCGACCUCGAGUUGGGUAUAUAAGCUGAACGGCCGCUCUCGUGAGACAUCGUCCUCUUCGCUCUCUCGUGCAACGAACACCUCCUCCACCACAGUCAUGAAGCUCAUCAUCCUCUCCUGCCUGGCCGCCCUCGCCGCCGCCGCGCCACAGUUCCAGGAGGAGUUCCGGCCUGACUACCGCCCCAUUGCCAUCCUGCGCGAUGAGCGUGAAGACUACGGAGACGGCAACUUCCGCUACGAGUUCGAAACUGAGAACGGCAUCCUGGUGAACGCAGUGGGCGCCCCAGGCUCCAAGGGACAGAGCAACAUCCAGGGAUUCUACAGGUUCCCCCUGGACGACGGCACCAUCGCUGAGGUCAGCUACAUCGCCGACGAGCUCGGGUACCAGCCACAGUCCCCCUUGAUCCCCACGCCUCACCCACUCCCCGCCCACGCCAUCGAGCAGAUCCGUUUUGCCGAGGAGCAGCGAGCGGCCGGAGUGACCUGGGACCAGUACGGCUUUAGGUUGACCCGCUAACCGGCACAUCUGGGCAGCGCGGCGCGUCACACCUGUACAGUAGCGGCGAGGACAGACAGACACGAGGACAAUACACGUAGCGAUGGCACUGCGCCCCGUGAACCGUCCCGGAUGACGGCGACGGAGGCUACACCCGCAAGGCUUCACCCACGUCACCCACAUCACCCACGCCCAACACAUCCACCUUGACUCCUUUACUACCCCGCCCCCCACCAAACACAGUACCCGGUUCACACGUGGAUCCGUUUUCAUAACAUGAUGUAAUGAAAACGAGAAGCUUGUUUUCUUCACUUCGGCGAGGCAAAGAAAACGGAGCCUUGCCACACACACACACACACACACACACACACACACACACACACACGGCAUAUAUUUAUUACAUGCUGAGCAGAUGCAAUAAAAGUAUUUUCAUUAUU